AUGGAUGGAGUGAAAAAUAGCUUUGAGUCAGCUGCUCUGUGUAAAUAUGGCAUGCACACUAUGUGCCAACUUAAGUUCCAUGUAGAGAUGGAGGGGACAGCAAGUGUCUUCCAGCAGUUCUUUGUAGAGAUAGGGGGACAGCAACUGUCAGUGUUUUAUGAAGGGUUUUAUGGGAUAACUGGGGUCCGUCUGCAAUUAAAUGUGGAGAUGGUAGGAGCAGCUGUCUUUCUGCAGUUGUAUUUAGAGAUGGAUUGGACAACUGGCGCCAGUAUGCAAUUAAUUGUGGAGAUUGAAGAAACAAGUGGUGUUACCUUACCCAUCACAUUCUCUGCAGCUCAAACCAACACCCUCUCUGCAGCUCAACCCAUCACCAUCUUUGCAGCUAAACCUAUCAUCCUCACUGAAGCUCAACCCAUCAUCCUCACUGAAGAUCAACCCAUCACCCGUUUAGCAGCUCAACCCAUCAGCCUCUCUGCACCUCAACGCUUCACCCACACUGCAGCUCAACAUAUCACCAUCCCUGCAGCUCAACCCUUCACCCGCACUGCGGCUCAACCCAUAACCCUCACUGCAGCUCAACACAUCACCCACACUGCAGCUCAACCCGUCACCCUCACUGCAGCUCAACCCAUCACCCUCACUGCAGCUCAACCCAUCAAUCUCACUGCAUUUCAAUUUAUCACCCUCACUGCAGCUCAACACUUCACCCUCACUGCAUUUCAAUUUAUCACCCUGACUGCAGCACAACCCAUUACCCUCAUUGCAGCUCAACUAAUCACCCUCAAUUCAGCUCAACCCAUCACCCUGUCUGCAGCUAAACUAAACUCCUCACCUUCACUGAAGCUCAACCCAUCACCUUCACUGAAGCUUAACUCAUCACCCUCUAAACUCCUCACCUUCACUGCAGUUCAACCAAUCACCUUCACUGAAGCUUACCUCAUCACCCUGUCUGCAGCUCAACCCAACACAUUCUAUGCAGCUCACCCAAUCACUCUCACUGCAGCUCAACCCAUCACCGUCACUGCAGCACAACCCUACACCAUCUCUUCAGCUCAACCCUUCAACCUGAUUUCAGCUCAACCAAUCACCCUCACUGCAUCUAAACCCAUCACCCUCACUGCAGCACAACUCAACCCAUCACCAUCACUGCAGCUCAACCCAUCAACCUCACUGCAAAUCAACCCAGCAGCCUCACUGCAGCUCAACAACAACAAUCACCCUCACUGCAGCACAUCCCAUCACCCUCACUGCAGCUCAACCCAUCAACCUCACUGCAGCGCAACCCAUCACCCUCACUACAGCUCAACACAUCACCAUCACUGCAGCUCAACCCAUCAACCUCACUGCAGCGCAACCCAUCAGCCUCACUGCAGCUUAACAACAACAAUCACCCUCACUGCAGCACAUCCCAUCACCCUCACUGCAGCUCAACCCAUCAACCUUACUGCAGCGCAACCCAUCACCCUCACUGCAGCUCAACACAUCACCCACACUGCAGCUCAACCCGUCACCCUCACUGCAGCUCAACCCAUCACCCUCACUGCAGCUCAACCCAUCAAUCUCACUGCAUUUCAAUUUAUCACCCUCACUGCAGCUCAACACUUCACCCUCACUGCAUUUCAAUUUAUCACCCUGACUGCAGCACAACCCAUUACCCUCAUUGCAGCUCAACUAAUCACCCUCAAUUCAGCUCAACCCAUCACCCUGUCUGCAGCUAAACUCAACCAAUCACCCUCACUGCAUCUAAACCCAUCACCCUCACUGCAGCACAAGCUAAUACCAUCUAUUCAGCUCAACCCAUCAACUUCAUUUCAGCUCAACCAAUCACCCUCACUGCAGCUCAAUGAACCCUCACAGCUGCUCAACCCAUCCCCCUUAUUGCAGCUAAACUCCUCACCUUCACUGAAGCUCAACCCAUCACCUUCAAUGAAGCUUAACUCAUCACCCUCUAAACUCCUCACCUUCACUGCAGUUCAACCAAUCACCUUCACUGAAGCUUACCUCAUCACCCUGUCUGCAGCUCAACCCAACACAUUCUAUGCAGCUCACCCAAUCACUCUCACUGCAGCUCAACCCAUCACCGUCACUGCAGCACAACCCAACACCAUCUCUUCAGCUCAACCCUUCAACCUGAUUUCAGCUCAACCAAUCACCCUCACUGCAUCUAAACCCAUCACCCUCACUGCAGCACAACUCAACCCAUCACCAUCACUGCAGCUCAACCCAUCAACCUCACUGCAGCUCAACCCAGCAGCCUCACUGCAGCUCAACAACAACAAUCACCCUCACUGCAGCACAUCCCAUCACCCUCACUGCAGCUCAACCCAUCAACCUCACUGCAGCGCAACCCAUCACCCUCACUACAGCUCAACACAUCACCAUCACUGCAGCUCAACCCAUCAACCUCACUGCAGCUCAACCCAUCAGCCUCACUGCAGCUCAACAACAACAAUCACCCUCACUGCAGCACAUCCCAUCACCCUCACUGCAGCUCAACCCAUCAACCUCACUGCAGCGCAACCCAUCACCCUCACUACAGCUCAACACAUCACCCUCAAUGCAGCUCAACCCAUCACCAUCACUGUAGCUCAACCCAUCACCCUUUCUGCAGCUCAAAUAAUCACCCUCUCUGCAGCUCAAUUUAUCACCUUUACUGCAGAUAAACCCAUCACCAACACGGCAGCUCAAACCGUCACCCUCACUGCAGCUCAACCCAUCACCCUCACUGCAGCUCAAUGUAUCACCCUCACAGCAGCUCAACCAAUCACCCUCACUGCAGCUCAACCCAUCACCCUCACUGCAACUCAACCCAUCACCCUCACUGCAGCUCAACCCAUCAAUCUCACUGCAGCUCAACCAAUCACCCUCACUGCAGCUCAACCCAUCAAUCUCACCGCAGCUCAACCAAUCACCCUCACUGCAGCUCAACCAAUCACUCUCACUGCAGCUCAACCCGUCACCCUCACUGCAGGUCAACCCAUCAAUCUCACCGCAGCUCAACCCAUCAGUCUAACUGCAGCUCAACCCGUCACCCUCACUGCAGGUCAACCCAUCACCCUCACUGCAGCUCAACCCAUCAAUCUCACCGCAGCUCAACCCAUCAAUCUCACUGCAGCUCAACCCAUCAUCCUCACUGCAGCUCAAUCCAUCACCCUCACUGCAGCUCAACCCAUCACUCUCACUGCAGCUCAACACAUUACCCUUACUGCAGCUCAAUCCAUCACCCUCACUGCAGCUCAACCCAUCACCCUCACUGCAGCUCAACCAAUCACCCUCUCUGCAGCUCAACCCAUCACCCUCACUGCAGCUCAACCCAUCACCCUCACUGCAGCUCAACCCAUCACUCUCACUGCAGCUCAACCCGUCACCCUCACUGCAGGUCAACCCAUCCACCUCACUGCAGUUCAACCCAUCAAUCUAACUGCAGCUCAACCCAUCACUCUCACUGCAGCUCAACACAUUACCCUUACUGCAGCUCAAUCCAUCACCCUCACUGCAGCUCAACCCAUCACCCUCACUGCAGCUCAACCAAUCACCCUCUCUGCAGCUCAACCCAUCACCCUCACUGCAGCUCAACCCAUCACCCUCUCUGCAGCUCAACCCAUCAUGCUCUCUGCAGCUCAACCCAUCACCCUCACUGCAGCUCAACCCAUCACCUCGCUGCAGCUCAACCCAUCAUAA